CACUGAUGAUCAGUGUGCCCUGAUGAUCUGUGUAGCCCCAGCAGUGCCACCUGUCAGUGUCCAUUAGUGCCAUCUGUCAGUGCUCAUCCAUGCCACCUGCCAGUGCCCAUCAGUGCCACAUAUCAGUGCCUACCAGUGCACAUCAAUGCCACAUAUCACUGCUUGUCCAUUUAAGCGCUCACCUUUUUCUUUGAUUUACACAUAUAUAUGAGUGCUGCCUUUCAGUGCCCAUCAGUGAUGCCUGUCAAUGCCCAUCAGUGCCACCUACCAGUGCCUCCUCAUCAGUGCCCAUCUGUGCCACCUAUCAGUGUCCAUCAGUGCAGCCUAUCAAUGCCCAUCACUGCAGCCUUAUUAGCGCACAUCAGUGAAGGAGAAAAAUCACUUAUUUAUAAAAUUUUAUAA